GGCUUCACGUCCAAACAUCCAUUGUCAGUGCGUGCGAUGAUUGAGACAAACACCUUUUGCAAAACAUAAAACGCUCUCAUUUCUCAUUUUUUACCCUUUUGAAACGUCGACCCAGGGAUGUCUUGUAAUCCGAUGACGAGAUGCGCUCUACUCCCUUCGUUGGAUGACGUCUGCCCAAAUCCCAUAGAUUCAUUCCUGCAACAUCGAAGAUGCAUGUUCAGAGACACGUCGAGACGGGGCACCAAGGUCGAAUGAGGUCAAAUGAGGGAAGGGAUUGGGUCGAAUGGAACGGGAAGACCAAUCGAGGCUAGGAAGAGGGACAUGUUUACCACAUCAUAUAAGGGGAUGCUAGUAAUGACAAUUGGGAAAUUCAAAUUCCAACGGUCCUAUAGAACUUGAGACGAUCAUCGGAAAGGUGGGUAGGUGGAUGGGCGAGUACGUAUUGAUUCCUCCUGUGUUGUUGCUGUCGUGUUUCAAAGCCUCUCAUCGUUACAAUGUAUCAAGACGAUACGGAUUCGAUGCGAAGAAGGAAGAGCACAAUGCUGUCUAGUGCUGGAGAAGAGGUGCGAAACCAAAGUGAUCAUGGAAGUUUUCCAUUUUAUGGCAGAGUUGGUAUCUUGAAGCAAUCGAAGAAUUGCAGUUCACCGGCUCCAAUCGAAUUCUUCACGAUAACUUCGAUAAGCUGUCAAAAAAUUGGGGAUAGGAAAACAUUACGAUUAUGUAAUAGACCUAGAACUAUCGUACUCCACCAGCUCGCAUGUUUCUUUACACAAUCGUGGUUCAAAUCAGAUUCCAUGCAAAAUCGUACUUUGGAGUCUCUCCAACACAAUGGACUCUUUUAUUGUUUGCUCUUCAUCCAAAUACUUCCUACAUUCAUUUUAUCUCCCUCAGGUGAAGAAUUGAGCAACCAUCAUGGACCAAAUAGCCCCCUCACCAGUCUCAACUCCUUCUCCUUUCCUCAGUCUCCCGCUUAAUGCUCGUCAAAAUAUCUACAAGAUACUUUUAUGUACAGUUGAAGACCCACCAGAGGAUUUGAGAGACAAUGGCUGUACCCUUGUCCCCAUACGAAUCACUAAGCUCCAACAUGAUAUCUACCCUCAAAUACUUCGGACUUGUCGAAAGAUCAAUCAUGAGGCGACGGUUAUCAUGAGACAAACUAACCUUUUUGUUAUGGUCACUGGUGUCAUAAGAUUGGACGAACCAAGGAUUUGUUUCUUCUCAAAAUACAUUCCAAUGGUCAGAAUCAAAACCGAGCAGCAAGCAAAUGACUUCCAGAAGGCUUGCGUAAUGACUCAUGAACUGGGUGAACCAAUCAAGACCCCAGGAGUUUUACCCGAUGAGCCAUACAAAUUCAUGCUGCUUCAUCGACAUCUUCCACUAUUAUGUGCAGCUCUGGUCGUCAGUGCAAUAGGAACACUCCCCUAUUGUGAUGAAACGUCAGCAGCUCAUAUUGUUACAAUUCUCGAAGCUUACGAUGGUGACACUUCUGAGUCAUCAUUAUUGCCCGAGAAGUCACAAGAGACGCUCAUUGCACCUUAUCGUUCUGCAUUCAAAGGUUUCACGGGGUUCCAAUUGAAAGGAAAUAUAUCAGAUGAUUUGAAGUACUCUGUUAUAUCAGGAAUUACCUGGGCCCCGCAACUAAAUUCCGAGAGAACUAUACAUGGUUUACAGAGUAUGGAAGCAAGAGGAAAGGAACUUUUCGCUCGAGGAGGGGUUGAAAAUGCAAAUCAAAUCUGGUGUCAAGCUUUAAUGAAUAUUCGACGAAUAUUGACAAUGAGCAAAAGAAAAACACUGCAUGAAACCCAUGAGCCGGACUUCAUACAUCAACUUAUGAACAUGUAUUUUGAUCUCUCAUCGGAUCGUCUUCAAUACAUCAUCAACGCGAUGCAGAUGGCCGGAUUACAACAACGAAAAGCUCUAUUCCGUGUUCUAUCCCGUAUAGUUGACGACCCCUUCAAUAUGAGCAAUCAUUGCAGUCUCAAGGUCUGGGCACCACUUCAGCAUAAGUUGGCAGAGUUUAGAUAUCGAGAAGCCGUCGGCUGUCGAUUGGCAGAAGUAUCACGUGCAACCGAAGUAAUUGAGGAAGCUCUGAAAGCUAUGCCUACUCAUCCCGAAUUCUUGGAGGAGCAGAAAAGAAUAAGAGGGGCUUUCUAGUCUCGAGAAGACUGUCGCUACCAACCAGGUGCCAGUGACGGAUUUUAUAGACCUGAAAAUUAUUGAGCUUCAAUUUCGUCAUGUUAGUUCCAAAGGUGUCCUGAGCCCAGGGAUAGUCUCGAUACAAAUUCAAGCCGAUUCA